GGGGAAGCGCAGUGCGCAGGCGCAACUGCCUGGCUCCACUCGCCCCGGCGCUCCGGCCCAGCUCUCGCGGACAAGUCCAGACAUCGCGCGCCCCCCCUUCUCCGGGACCGCCCCCUCCCCCUUCUCGGCGUCGUCGAAGAUAAACAAUAGUUGGCCGGCGAGCGCAUAGUGUGUCUCCCGCCGCCGGAUUCGGCGGGCUGCGUGGGACCGGCGGGAUCCCGGCCACCCGGCCAUGGCGGGGCUGUACUCGCUGGGAGUGAGCGUCUUCUCCGACCAGGGCGGGAGGAAGUACAUGGAGGACGUUACUCAAAUCGUUGUGGAGCCCGAACUGACGGCUGAAGAAAAGCCCUCGCCGCGGCGGUCGCUGUCUCAGCCGUUGCCUCCGCGGCCGUCGCCGGCCGCCCUUCCCGGCGGCGAAGUCUUGGGGAAAGGCCCAGCGGUGGCAGCCCGAGAGGCUCGCGACCCUCUCCCGGACGCCGGGGCCUCGCCGGCACCCAGCCGCUGCUGCCGCCGCCGUUCCUCCGUGGCCUUUUUCGCCGUCUGCGACGGGCACGGCGGGCGGGAGGCGGCACAGUUUGCCCGGGAGCACUUGUGGGGUUUCAUCAAGAAGCAGAAGGGUUUCACCUCGUCCGAGCCUGCUAAGGUUUGCGCUGCCAUACGCAAAGGCUUUCUCGCUUGUCACCUCGCCAUGUGGAAGAAACUGGCAGAAUGGCCAAAGACUAUGACAGGUCUUCCCAGCACAUCAGGGACAACUGCCAGUGUGGUCAUCAUACGGGGCAUGAAGAUGUAUGUAGCUCACGUAGGUGACUCAGGGGUGGUUCUUGGAAUUCAGGAUGACCCAAAGGAUGACUUUGUCAGAGCUGUGGAGGUGACACAGGACCAUAAGCCAGAACUUCCCAAGGAAAGAGAACGAAUUGAAGGACUUGGUGGGAGUGUAAUGAACAAGUCUGGGGUGAAUCGUGUAGUUUGGAAACGACCUCGGCUCACUCACAAUGGACCAGUUAGAAGGAGCACAGUUAUUGACCAGAUUCCUUUUCUGGCAGUAGCAAGAGCACUUGGUGAUUUGUGGAGCUAUGAUUUCUUCAGUGGUGAAUUUGUGGUGUCACCUGAACCAGACACAAGUGUCCACACUCUUGACCCUCAGAAGCACAAGUAUAUUAUAUUGGGGAGUGAUGGACUUUGGAAUAUGAUUCCACCUCAAGAUGCCAUCUCAAUGUGCCAGGACCAAGAGGAGAAAAAAUACCUGAUGGGUGAGCACGGACAAUCUUGUGCCAAAAUGCUUGUGAAUCGAGCACUGGGCCGCUGGAGGCAGCGUAUGCUCCGAGCAGAUAACACUAGUGCCAUAGUAAUCUGCAUCUCUCCAGAAGUGGACAAUCAGGGAAACUUUACCAAUGAAGAUGAGUUAUACCUGAACCUGACUGAUAGCCCUUCCUAUAAUAGUCAAGAAACCUGUGUGAUGACUCCUUCCCCAUGUUCUACACCACCAGUCAAGUCACUGGAGGAGGAUCCAUGGCCAAGGCUGAACUCUAAGGACCAUAUACCUGCCCUGGUUCGUAGCAAUGCCUUCUCAGAGAAUUUUUUAGAGGUUUCAACUGAGAUAGCUCGAGGGAAUGUCCAGGGUGUAGUCAUACCCUCAAAAGAUCCAGAACCACUUGAAGAAAAUUGUGCUAAAGCCCUGACUUUAAGGAUACAUGAUUCUUUGAAUAAUAGUCUUCCAGUUGGCCUUGUGCCUACUAAUUCAACAAACACUGUCAUGGACCAAAAAAAUUUGAAGAUGUCAACUCCUGGCCAAAUGAAAGCCCAAGAAAUUGAAAGAACCCCUCCAACAAACUUUAAAAGGACAUUAGAAGAGUCCAAUUCUGGCCCCCUGAUGAAGAAGCAUAGACGAAAUGGCUUAAGUCGAAGUAGUGGUGCUCAGCCUGCAAGUCUCCCCACAACCUCACAGCGAAAGAACUCUGUUAAACUCACCAUGCGACGCAGACUUAGGGGCCAGAAGAAAAUUGGAAAUCCUUUACUUCAUCAACACAGGAAAACUGUUUGUGUUUGCUGAAAUGCAUCUGGGAAAUGAGGUUUUUCCAAACUUAGGAUAUAAGAGGGCUUUUUAAAUUUGGUGCCGAAGUUGAACUUUUUUUAAGGGGACAAAAUUAAAAGAAUGUACAGUUUGACUUUUUGGAAUUCAGCAGUUUUAUCCUGGCCUUGUACUUGCUUGUAUUAUAAAUGUGGAUUUUAUAGAUGUUAGGGUAUAAGUUGCUGUAAAAUUUGUGUAAAUUUGUAUCCACACAAAUUCAGUCUCUUACUCUGAUACACAGUAAUUGUGACAACAGGGCUAAAUGUUUAAAAAAAUCAAAAGAAUCUAUUAGAUUUUAGAAAAACAUUUAAACUUUUAAAAAUACUUAUUAAAAAAUUUGUAUAAGCCACUUGUCUUGAAAACUGUGCAACUUUUUAAAGUAAAUUAUUAAGCAGACUGGAAAAGUGAUGUAUUUUCAUAGUGACCUGUGUUUGACUUAAUGUGUCUUUUAAACAUUAUUUUUUAUUUCUGAUUUCAUAAUUCAGAACUAAAUUUUUCAUAGAAGUGUUGAGCCAUGCUACAGUUAGUCUUGUCCCAAUUAAAAUCCUAUGCAGUAUCUCUUACAUCAGUAGCAUUUUUCUAAAACCUUAGUCAUCAGAUACGCUUACUAAAUCUUCGGCAUAGAAGGAAGUGUGUUUGCCUAAAACAAUCUAAAACAAUUCCCUUCUUUUUCAUCCCAGACCAAUGGCAUUAUUAGGUCUUAAAGUAGUUAUUCCCUUCUCGUGUUUGCUUAAAAUAUGUGAAGUUUUCCUUGCUAUUUCAAUAACAGAUGGUGCUGCUAAUUCCCAACAUUUCUUAAAUUAUUUUAUAUCAUACAGUUUUCAUUGAUUAUAUGGGUAUAUAUUCAUCUAAUAAAUCAGUGAACUGUUCCUCAUGUUGCUGAA